AUGGCAUCCCAUCCGUUCCGGUUCCUCCUCUUCUUACUCACUGUCCUUCUCUCCGGGGCACGGGUGCGGGCCGUCUGCUACUACCCGGACGGCAGUAUCGCCCCCAACGACACGCCAUGCCAGGACCUCACGGCCGAGUCGACAUGCUGUGGGCAGGGCUAUGCGUGCCUGUCGAACAGCAUGUGCCAGGCGACGGGCAAGGAGUUGUCCAAAGACGGGGCGACGGAGCUUGUGAGGGGCUCGUGCACCGACCGGUCGUGGCGGAGCUCGCGCUGUCCUCUGUUCUGCAUCAACCCGGAGACGGACAACGUGGCGGGCGGAAUCGGGGUCGCAAGAAUCACCAACUGCAAUCACAACGAUCGGCGUGGCAGCGACCCCAACUCCAUCGUCGUCGACAACAUCCGAGUCAACGACAUCUUCCUCGGCCGCGAUUACACAGACUUCUGUCAGCCCUCCUACACCGCCAAACCCGAGCUCCGUAGCACUAAGCAGUGUAUCGAGCCAGAGGCAACAGACGACCGGACAGUCAUCAUCGGCGCCGCCGUCGGGGCAUCCGUGGGUGGUUUAGCGCUCGGCGUUCUGGCGGCCUGGCUGUUCAUCUUGCUCCGUCGACGCAAGCGCCGUGCAAGAGAAGAGGGCGUGAACAACCAGGCACGGGGGCAAGAUUCCACGCCCGGGCCGCCACCUGCUCGAUACGUCAGUCCGCCCGUCUUUGAUCAGAUUUACGAAGCGCCCAACGAGUGGAAACCUCCGUUGGUAUCGGAUCACUUUGCUCCGCAAGAGCUGCCUGGAUGCGAACCGGAACCUCGGAGGGGUCGAGUCAUUUGA